AUGGUCAUUUGGUCAGCUGCUGCAGACUGUCAGCGUGAACUCAAAUCCAACCUGAAGAAGAAGUUCCAGUCUGUGUUUGAGGGCAUCGCUAAAGCAGGAAACCCAACCCUUCUGAAUGAGAUCUACACAGAGCUCUACAUCACAGAGGGAGGGACUGCAGAGGUCAAUCAAGAACAUGAGGUCAGACAGAUUGAAACAGCAUCCAGGAGACCAGCCAGACCAGAAACAACCAUCACACAAGGAGACCUCCUCAAAGCCUCAGCUGGAGGAGAAGAACCAAUCAGAACAGUGAUGACUAAGGGAGUGGCUGGCAUUGGGAAAACAGUCUUAACACAGAAGUUCACUCUGGACUGGGCUGAAGACAAAGACCACCAGGACAUACAGUUCACAUUUCCAUUCACCUUCAGAGAGCUGAAUGUGCUGAGAGAGAAGAAGUUCAGCUUGGUGGGACUUGUUCAUCACUUCUUCAGUGAAACCAGAGCAGCAGGAAUCUGCAGGUUUGAAGAGUUCCAGGUUGUGUUCAUCUUUGACGGUCUGGAUGAGUGUCGACUUCCUCUGGACUUCCACAACAAUGAGAUCCUGACUGAUGUCACAGAGACCUCCUCAGUGGAUGUGCUCCUCACAAACCUCAUCAGGGGGAAGCUGCUUCCCUCUGCUCGCCUCUGGAUAACCACACGACCUGCAGCAGCCAAUCAGAUCCCUCCUGAGUGUGUUGGCAUUAUGACAGAGGUCAGAGGAUUCACUGACCCCCAGAAGGAGGAGUACUUAAGGAAGAGGUUCAAAGAUGAGGAGCAGGCCAGCAGGAUCAUCUCUCACAUCAAGACCUCACAAAGCCUCCACAUCAUGUGUCACAUCCCAGUCUUCUGCUGGAUCACUGCUACAGCUCUGGAGGACGUGUUGAAGACCAGAGAGGGAGGAGAGCUGCCCAAGACCCUGACUAAGAUAUUCUCUAAACAGAUAAGCAGGAGAGGAGAGCUGCCCAAGACCCUGACUGAGAUGUACAUCCACUUCCUUGCAGUUCAGUCCAAAGUGAAGAAGGUCAAGUACGAUGGAGGAGCUGAGACGGAUCCACACUGGAGUCCAGAGAGCAGGAAGAUGAUCGAGUCUCUGGGAAAACUGGCCUUUGAUCAGCUGCAGAAAGGCCACCUGAUCUUCUAUGAAUCCGACCUGACAGAGUGUGGCAUCGAUAUCAGAGCAGCCUCAGUGUACUCAGGAGUGUUCACUCAGAUCUUCAGAGAGGAGAGAGGACUGUACCAGGACAAGGUGUUCUGGUUCGUCCAUCUGAGUGUUCAGGAGUUUCUGGCUGCUCUUCAUGUCCAUCUGACCUUCUUCAGCUCUGGUGUCAAUCUGCUGUCAGAAGAACAAACAACUUCGCUGUUGUCUAAAGUCUUCAGAGGCAAACCUAAACCAAAGUGUCUCUACCAGAGUGCUGUGGACAAAGCCUUACAGAGUCCUAAUGGACACCUGGACUUGUUCCUCCGCUUCCUUCUGGGUCUUUCCCUGGAGACCAAUCAGAGUCUCCUACGAGGCCUGCCGACACAGACAGGAAGUACCUCACAGACCAAUCAGAAGACAGUCCAGUACAUCAAGGAGAAGAUCAGUGAGAAUGUGUCUCCAGAGAAAAGCAUCAAUCUGUUCCACUGUCUGAAUGAACUGAAUGAUGGUUCUCUAGUGGAGGAGAUCCAACGGUCCCUUAGAUCAGGAGGUCUCUCUACAGAUAAACUGUCUCCUGCUCAGUGGUCAGCUCUGGUCUUCAUCUUACUGUCAUCACAAGAAGAUCUGGAGGUGUUUGACCUGAAGAAAUACUCAGCUUCAGAGGAGGCUCUUCUGAGGCUGCUGCCAGUGGUCAAAGCCUCCAACAAAGUUCUACUCAGUGGCUGUAACCUCUCAGAGAGAAGCUGUGAAGUUCUGUCCUCAGUCCUCAGCUCCCAGUCCUCUAGUCUGAGAGAACUGGAUCUGAGUAACAACCACCUGGAGGAUUCAGGAGUGAAGCUGCUGUGUGAUGGACUGAAGAGUCCACACUGUGACCUGGAGACUCUCAGACUCAGUGGCUGUAACCUCUCAGAGAGAAGCUGUGAAGUUCUGUCCUCAGUCCUCAGCUCCCAGUCCUCUAGUCUGAGAGAACUGGAUCUGAGUAACAACCACCUGCAGGAUUCAGGAGUGAAGCUGCUGUGUGAUGGACUGAAGAGUCCACACUGUGACCUGGAGACUCUCAGGGUGGAGCCUGCUGGAGUCCGAUGGAUGACACCAGGUCUGAGGAAGUAUUCCUGUGAACUCAAAAUCGACACAAACACAGUAAACAGAGAACUCAAACUGUCUGACAACAACAGGAAGGUGACACGUGUGUGGAAGGAGGUUCAGUCACAUCCUGAUCAUCCAGACAGAUUUGACUCCUGUCAUCAGCUGCUGUGUAGAACUGGUCUGACUGGUCGCUGUUACUGGGAGGUUGAGUGGAGAGGAAGUGUUUAUGUAUCAGUGAGUUACAGAGGAAUCAAGAGGAAAGGACGCAGUAGAGACUGUUGGUUUGGAAACAAUGAUAAGUCCUGGAGUUUGAUGUGCUCUGAUGGAGGUUACUCUGUCCGUCACAAUAAGACAGAAACACCCAUCACCUCCUCCUCCUCCUCCUCCUCCUCUGGUAGAGUAGCAGUGUAUGUGGACUGUCCUGCUGGCUCUCUGUCCUUCUACAGAGUCUCCUCUGACUCACUGAUCCACCUCCACACCUUCAGCACCACAUUCAGUGAACCUCUUUAUCCUGGGUUUGGCUUUGGGUUCUGGCCUGGUUCUGGUUCCUCAGUGUCUCUGUGUCCUCUUCAGGACGGAGAGUCUCCUCCUGGUGGAGAAGCUUCCUCUCUGCUCACCACAUAGUUCAGUCUGUACAGCUGAUGGAGGUCCAUGUGGGUGUAGGUGCAGGUGGUGCAGGUGAGGGGUACCUGAGCUGGUCUGGACUCUGGGGGUCCACAGCUCUCUGGGACUUGUGGUGUUGCAGAUGAACGUGUGAAAGAGCUCAGCGAGGUGUGUUUUAAUGUCUCUGUGCUCGAUGCCUCUGUGGAUGAAUCGAUAAUCAUCAUUUAGAUGUU